AUGGAAGACAAGAACUGUCCAAAUCAGUUUCCCGGCUUUACCCACAAUGGUGAUUGCAAUCUCAUUUGUAAACCGACAGAAUGGAAAGACAUUAUGCUCUUCUUUCUGGGUAAUUAUGGAGCUCACGCGGCUACAGUCAUUGGGAAACCUGGACAAAGUACUCUGUCGUGGGCAAUGAGUAUAUUGCUUGCGUUGUGCUUUCCUGGCGCUGGUGUUCUGACGGGAGUCCAAGCCAUCUCCAGCUUGGCAUGCUUUGCUCCCACGGAAUUAACAAAAGCAACUCGUGCUGGUGCUCUAUGCAUGGUAAUUAAACCAGACGAACUUGUCUUUGCUGAAGAUGAUGUUGAAGCCGUGGCAUCUGUCCCUGUGGAUCGACAAACUUCGGAACUGACUGGUUCUGAGGGAGAUGAGAGGACACAAACGAAUAUUAUAGAUGGUGCCCAAACAACCCAAGACGGUAUGCCGCGUCGAGUCCUAUACGAUGAGCCACGAACGACACGAACAACAAGUUGCAUUUGCAGGGAUGGGAUCUGUGUUUCUUGUGUCGAGAAUAAGGCGAGAGACACAAUAACAGUGGCACAAGCCGAGGUGAAUGAAGGGUUUGAUGGAAAAACAGAUGAAAUAUUCCCUCCUUACGUAUCAAUUACCCACGUCAAUGGACUUUCACGACUACCUAGCGGAUACCGUCUACUGGUUUUACCAGAAUGGGUGACUUUUGAGAACGAUGUUGCAGAUAACCAAGAAACUGGAUUCAGAAAUUGGGCGCGAUAUACAUUUGUAGUGCCUUUUCAAUCCAGAAACAGGACCAUGGGCACAAUAUCUUCCAGCUAUAACAUACUCAAAAUUUUGAUAUCCAUCGGUCAGCUCAUCUAUGCAGCAAUAACGCUAUACGACACAAGAGGCAACCAGAUUGCAGUCUACGGAUACGCAGCAUUCGGGCUCACUGUUGCCCCGUACAUCUGGAUGUCUAUGGUGAAUUUACUUGGAAACCUAAUAUGCCCACAGUACCCGACAAUGUUCCUAGUCAACUCUCCCACGCUCGAUGAACUCCGAGAAAAGAUAAGACAAAACGGCAUGGUAGAUAGAUACACCCUUGAUUCAACAGUGGGACGAAUCAGCAAAGAGACCCAAGACCGUGUCAUCCACUCGUACGGAACUGUUCUUCGAGGAGACAACGCCGUGUCAAUGGCUCUGGAGAUGUUUCACAACGCCAACACUCGGGACAGGGUGCGAGUGAUUGUGCGGGUUUACAUCGCCUAUGCCAUUGCUGCUGUGCCCAUUGUCAUUGUCGGCGCCAUCUCUUCGUUCAAAUCUGGCAAGAGCAAACCUUAUCAACGAGUUUGGACUAUGCUUUGGCUCUGUUUGGGGCCUAUGGUUGGCACUGGGCUGGGCUCUAUCUCCAUGGCCUUUGUGGAAUCCAGACCGGUUCUUUGGAGAUCGGUCGGCGUCCGGCGGCAAGAACAUCAGAGAACAGAAGACAAUGUAGCAGCUCAAGCACGUGCGGGUGAGAAAGCAGAUGAUGAUCCUUGGUGGGAGAGGGACCUGAGUGGUUUUUUCAAGUUCUUCUCUGUUCUUUUGACCUUGUUCACUGUGAUGUAUAUGAUACCUGCGAUUGGUGGCUUUGUGGUGGUUGGGAAGAUGCUUAACGAGUAUGGGACGUGCAUGAAGACUGACUGA